AGGAGCUGCGGGUGCUGGAGCAGCUGCGGGCCAUGGAGCAGAUCAUCUCGGAGGUCCUCGACCCGCACGAGGCCUCCGGCGCCUCCGGCCGGGCGCGGCGCGGGGAGGGCGGUGGCCAUGCCGAGGACUUCCUCAGUGUCCCGAUGGCGAACUUCCGAAUCCGCGGGGCCGGCGGCAACGUGGAGACCAUCCAGUUCCGCCGCGCCGGCGACUCCCGGGGCAGCCAGCGCAGCGGCGCGGCGGGGAGCGAGGGGCAGAAGCUGAUGGCCAUCCGUGGUGACUUCCCGUCGUUCAUGCGCGCCGCUGACUCCAACAACCCAACCUCCUCUCUGGACCAUCCUGUGGUGGAACGCCUGGGCGCUUCCGAUCUUGUGGAGGAAGACGCGUCCAUGGAUGACCCCGUGGAGCCCGAGGAGCCAGGCAUCAGGCCUCCACAGCCGAGCGUGAGGUUCUGCAUCCGGCUGCCGGCGGGGCCCGCGUCGCCAGCCGCCGAGCCGGCGACGCCGAGCUCGGCCGCGGCCGCGGCCGCGGCCGCGGGCGCCCCGGCGGGGGGCGCCGCCGAGGGCAAGGCGCAGCAGCGGCCGCCCAGCGCCCCGCCGCCCCGGCAGCCGCGGUCCGCGCCGGUGCUGCUGCCCCCCUCGUGGAACAUCCUGAAGGCCAUGCAGUUCUUGCAGGACCAGCAGCACCUUCGGAGAGCCUGGCCGACGAGGGCGGCGCCGCCUCCUCGCAGGC